AAUUAUGUGUUCUGUUUUUAUUUAUUUUUUUUAGUUUUUUUUGUUAUAAUAAUAAAAAAAAAAAUCAGAGAGUAAAGUUGCUGUAAUAGGGCAGAGUAUAUAGUUUGUGCUGAAGUACUAAUUUGAGUGCAUUUAUUAAUAAUAAAAAAAACAAUGCAAAAAUACAUAAAAACAUAAUAAUGAUGUUCGGGGUUCGAUCAUUUCUGAUCGUUAAUAUUACAAACCAUAUAAAAAAAACAUAAAAAAAAUUAAAAACAUAAAAACAUAAAAAUUAAUUGUCCAUAUUACAGUCCUCAUUAAUAUUCUGGCCACACUCGGCCAUCAAAAACAUAAAAAAAAAAAUAAUAAGAAAAUAAAAACAAAUUCAACGAAAGAAUUGUCGAGCUGGUUGUGGUGGUCUAAGGGAGAGCUCCGUUGAGGGAGCUCUGGUACGAAAAGUCACGAGCGGAGGCGAAGGAAUCUCUGUUUCUGGAUCGAUUAUGAUGGGAAUGGGGAAGAGGUCCAGCAGCCUCGGUGCCCUCAUUAUUACCCAGUCGUAUUCUUUCAACCAAAAAAAAAAAUUGUGUUAAUUUUAAUAGAAAAAAAAAAAUUCAAUAAAAUUGAGAUCUGAUGAGAGUUCUUACCAUACAUGUACAGCGGCAGUUGUGAAAACUGAGUGCCAGUGGGGUCUAUAUCCGCUUGCCAGCGCCUGACCCGAUUGCCGUGGUUGUUGAACCAGCAGUGCACGUUGUAUUCGCUGGCAUCUCCGAAGGUCCUUAGUCGAGACGUGAUCUCGACGAUUUGCGCUCGGCUUGGAUGAGUGACCCCAUAAUUGAAGAUGUUGGUCAUCAUCUUGACCUGAUCAUCUGUUGGACGCCACCGCUGACUUGUGUAUCUCUCGAUUUCCAUCUCGCUCAUCAUAUUCUAAAACAUGGAAAAAAUGAAAAAAAAAAAAAAAUAAAAAAAAAAAACAAAAACAGAAAAAUAAGAAGCAUAAAAAAAAAUAUUAGAUUAGUCUGUGUUUUCUUUAUUUGUUGUUGUUUCCUUUUAGAUUUAUUUUGUCCAGUCUGUAUUUGAUGUUUCAGUGUCUGGUCUUUGAUCUGUUUCACGGUCCUUGCAAAGGGGUCCUAAACGAAUCUACGUUCAGUUGUCCUUGUCCAUGUCAUUCAUGUUAUUAUGUUUUUGUGUUUUAUUUUUAAGUGGGGUACGUGGCGUUGUUCUACCCGAUUGUCUCUGCCAUACCUUCAAUCGAAGGGAGAUUAACGUCUGGUUUCCAGCCGAUAUACCCCUUAAGUUUUUUUGACAGUUGUGUUUUAUGUGUUUUUCUUUUAAAAAAAAAAUAAAGCAGGAAAGCAGGAAAGCAAGAAGGUAAUAAUAGCAGAAAAAGCGGUAAAGGGAGGAAAGAAAGGAAAGAAGAUAGAUCGGCAGAAGAAGAAAAAUAAAGGAAAGCAGGAAAAUGGAAAAGAGGGAGAGCAGGCAAGAGGUCAGAGAAGAAAAAAUGGAAAGCAGGAAAGCAGGAUGGUAAUAACAGCAGAGAAGCAGAAAAGGAAGAAAUAGAGAUCCAAGGUGCAGAGAACUUACCUGGAGUAGUAGGCUGGCAGAGGAGCUCCUCGCUGAUCUCGGACUCUUCAGAUGGCACGGUGACAGAGCUUCCUCGCAGAUCCAGACGCUCGAGAAGAGAGAAGAGAGGAGAGCAGAGAGAGAGGCUAGGUGAGGAAAUGGCGCUCUGACGCUGAGGAGUACUUGUGGUGGCUGGAAUUGAUCAUUGGACAGUGCUAAGACUCUCCGCAGAGUGUUCACAAGAAGGAGAGCUCAAUGGAUUUUGCAUUGAUUUAUUUUGUGUGUUAAAAUAAAAAAUUUGAUUUAGAACUCCUACACACCACACAGCCUUAAGAAUACCAGCCACCACUCCACGGUUUUAUUUUCCCAUUCAAGGUUUUAUUUUGGCAUUUAGUUGAUACUUUGGAACACAUCACGUCUGGGAGGAAUUCAAAAAUGAAAGUGAAUUUGUUGAAAUAUAACACACGGCCCACCUAGCUUUGAAAAAAAAAGAAGAAGCCUUCAACCUUUGGAGAGAAGCACGUACACACCUUCUUUUGUUAUUAUUACUCUUGUAAAAGAUUGAUUGAAGAAAGAAUACGUGCAAGGUGUUAAAGGAGAUAACAAAUGCUAAAAUAUGGGGUCCAUUCACCACUAAAAAAGCACUCUAGCAAAACUCACGGAACCAAGAAGUUUUCUUCAUUCAUUUUGGCAAACAUACAUCAAGAGCAUACAUUUUGCAACAUGGGAACCACCAAACUCUCUUGUCUGGAACGUGAAUAUGAAGCCAUCAAUUUGGAAAGCUUCAAUUAAAUUAAGUGGCAGCUCACAUCUCACGGCCCACAUGGAAAAAUCUGAAUGGUUUUCUCCAUUUUAUUUUUGGCUAGCACAUGGUCCACCACUCACGCUUUUUAACGUUUAUGGCUUGUAAAAAUUGAAGACAAUUGGAGAUUGGAACGUAAGGAGUGCAACUGGCUGGAAGGAUAGAGAAGCUCACGGUCCCUUUGGUGCAGCACACGUGCAGCAGUGGUGUUCUCCAUUCUAGCAAGCGAAGCAACUCCAUCCAGACGUCCAUAUUUCCAGCAUCCUCCACCAAACGCAGCAGUUCACGCAGCACUUGAAUGAAGAUGAGCAGCAGCAGCUCUUCCGUUCUUCAAAUGGAAGAAGCACCAUCCAGGAAGCAGCAACGUCCAGCAUGCAGCCCUUCACCACGGUCCAGCAGCGUGUGUGUGUUUGGAAAAGAAAGGAAGUGGUGUGUUGUCAUGGUGGCAUGAGAAUGGUAUUACGUCCAGGGGGAAGCAGCUGCCACGGUCUAAGUUGGAAUAUUUUAUUCAUUAGCAAUGAAGUGGUGAAGAGAAAUGGAAGGCUUUUUCACGUCCACAAGGAAACAAAAGUGGAAAAUUAAUUGAUCAAGAAAGUUGCUAAAAGACAAAAUUGAGAAAUGGUGCUGGAUGGCAAAGUCACGUUCAAGUGUGCACAAAAAGAGAAGUAACAGGAGUAGCUUCAGGAGCUAUAAAUUGGCAGAAUUUGGGGGCAGAGGGAUGAGAUUUGGGAAGCAGAUUUUAGUGGAUUUUAGGAGUAGUGUAGGAACUACCCACGUCUGGGAGGAGGCUCUUGCCUCUUCCUCUUCCAAAACUCUCUGUAUUUUAAUUUCAGUGCCAAAACGUAGUUUUCAUUUCUGAACGUGUCAUUUCAUUUUUAGUUGUACUGUUCAACGAAUUUAAUUUCAAGUAUUGAAUCUUUGAUGAAUUUUAUUUUCAUGUUAAGUGUUUUUAUUUUAUCUGUUAAAUUUUACCAGUAAUGAUUUUCCACACAGUUAAAUUCAGUCAUUUCUUUUUACCGUUCAGUUUAUUUUCAACGUUGUUUUUACUGUUCAUUUUCACUGUUGCUUUGGGUAAAUUUUAUUUACACUGCUGUUAUGUUUUUGCAUGUUUAUUGUUCCAGCAUUUUAAUUUCAAACACUGUUAAAUUUUCCGUUUACUGAUUUUUACCGUCUUUUACCGCACACUGCGUAAUUUUCCAUUUUCUAUUUUUACAGUCUUUUACCGUUCAGUUUUUACCGUCGUUAAGAUUUAUUUCAGUGUUUUUAAUUCUGUUUUAUUUAAUUUCCAGUUUUAAAUUUUAUUUUCCGUACAAAACAUCCACAAAACCAUCCCUUUUUCGUGUAAGACUGAACCGACAAAAAUUGGUCCUUGAGAGACGACCUAGGAGUCACUUCCUAGUAACUAUACUGCAUUCUUAAUUGCACAUCAAAUUUGAUCGACCGCGACAGCCGUAUCAAAUUUUGGCGCCGCUGCCGGGGACCAAUGAAGGUUUGGUUUUAGAUUUUUGUUGUGUAAAUUUUUGUUUUGUUAAUAUGUGUGUUUUGUGUGUUUUGUCUUGUAUAUUUUUGUAGGCGACAACGACACCUUCAGCAAAUUUUGGCGGCGUUGUCACUUCAGUUCCAGGUUUUUGUUCUACAUUUUUGUUGUGUUUUUCAAUUAUGUUGUGUUACUAUAUGUUUUGUCUUUUAUAUUUUUAUUGUGUUGUGUUUUGUAUUAUGUGUGUUAAUUAAAAAAAAAAUUUAUAAAAAAAUAAAAAAAACUGAAAAUAUUAGUUUUACUCCAUGUUAUGCUUCUGUAUAUUUUUUAUAAUCCUUGCUUGAAGUGAAAGUCCAGGUCUGAGAUAGGUUUUGAACUAGAAUAGAGAAAAUGACAGAUUCUCAAGACUGGAUGUAUGAUCUAGUCAAGUGUCUUCCCAAAUUCCUUGGGUUGGCACAUGAAGAUCCAUACAGGCACCUCAAGGAGUUUAGUUUGGUGUGUUUAUCUAUGAGACCUGCUGGUGUUUCCAAGGAGACAAUGUUGAUAAAAAUGUUUCCCAUGUCCCUGCAAGAUGAAGCAAGAGACUGGUUCAUAUACCAGUAUCCUUUUAAUAGUUGGCAGGAAACACAACAAAAAUUCUUUGACAAGUUCUUUCCAGCAGCAAAGGUGACCAGCAUUAGGAUGAAGAUCACUGCCAUUGAGCAAUUUCAAGAAGAAAGCCUGGCAGAUUAUUGGGAGAGGUUUAACAGGCUCUGCACAACUUGUCCAAACCACCAAUUUCCAGAGCAUUUGCUCUUGACUUAUUUUUAUGAAGGGCUCCUGGACAAUGAAAGGAUACUUGUGGAUGCAGCUAUUGGUGGAUGUUGGAUGGAUAUGACCCCAACAGAAGCGAGGAAGUUGCUCUGCAAGCUGACUGGUGAAAGUCCAAUUGAGGUAGCAAAGGAAGAACCUGAGCAGCUUGUUCUGGAUUCUGACACUGAUAGCCCUGAGGAUGCAGCUGAUAACUUGGAGUUUGGUAAGAAACUUCUCAGUGAGCAAAAACAGGUUUAUUCUGAACCUGAGAUUCCAAUUUUACCAGAUUUGCCUACACAUUCAAAUGCAUGUGAUUUGACGCACACUGAUUCUAUAGGGUUUAUGACUGAUACUGAUACAAAUUUGAUUGACCAUUCUAAAAUUUUUAAUUCAGUGUCAGCCAUUGAACCCAUUAGUGAGAGUAGCGUCAAUAUUAAUUUUGAAAGAAAAACUGUGCAAUCUGAUGACUUUACAGAGUUAGGAUUAAACUUUGAUUUAGCACAGUUUUCUGAAAAUUUUGAAUGUGACUGUGAAUCUGGUUCUUGCUCCAUUUGUGCUGAAAUUGAUUAUGCAUUACAGCCAAACUCUAAGUUUAUUACCGAUGCUAUUAAUUGUGAGUUUGAUGACAAGGAUGCAGAGUUAAAAGAGAAUGCAGGUGCUGACAUUAAGAAAUUAAUGAUUACUGAAGAAGAGUAUACUGCUAUGAGAAGAAAGAAGAAACAUUUUGUUGCGGAUGAUAGGGCAAUACUGAUGACACAGUUUCUCUUAAUAUUUUCUCUGCUGAAUCAUGUGAUGGAAAGCAUAUCCCUGAUUGUCCAAAUUUGGCAACACCCACCAUAACCAGGGAAGUUUUCCUAUUCCUUCUUCCCUUAAUUUUCUUAGUUUAUGAAUUUGGGGGGAGAUUCUGAUAACUUGUUAGUUUUAAUCUGUGUUUAUG